AUGGCAACGGAGGUGGAAAUUGAUCCAUCCUUCCAGCUGAAGCCAGAUUCGGAACUAACGGCGACUCAAGACAUGCCACAAAACACCAAAACCUAUGCUGACUCCAAUGGGACAAGGAAAUCUCCUCGGAAGAAGAGUCUAAUGGGCGUCUUCAAAAAGAAGAAGAACAUGCAAUACGAGACGAUGGAGGAUACCCCAGCAACUGCUCCUUCGACACCAGAGGGAAACGAAGAUCUCGAGAUUGAUCUAACCGUCAACGUCGUCUCGGCUGCUGGAGAGGAUCCAGCUUUUGGGUUUGACGCGGAUGAUAACAAUAAUAUGAUGGCCAUGGACGUUCCUGAUAUCUUUCCACAUGAAGGGCAACGCACGGCGACUUCCGACGACCAGAACCAAAUCGUCCAACCGGCCCAAUUCAAGGUCCCAACUCAAUUUGAGCCAGAGCUGGAAGUUGUUCUGGACGAUACACACGACAAGCAGCUGCAAAAGGAAAACGAACAGGCGCGAAAACACCUUGAAACUGCACAUCAGCAAGUUGGCCUAGUUUCCACACACACCAAUGAUCUAGCAAAAGACGAUGCUGUAUUUUGCACCCCCUUGAAUGGCUUUUAUGAAGAACCACCAAAGGCCCAACAACCUGCUAAUGGAUUUGAAACUGCCGAGUCCAGUCAGGAUCCGCCACUCCAAGCGACCAAGCAACGGGCGGUUAUCACCACAUCUGAUCUUGGCGAGGAGUACGCUAGGCACGAAAAUUUUGAAGUCGUUUUGGAUCCAUCUUACUACUCCCCCUCGGAAAAGAAUGGUUUCAGUGAAAAAAGGGGCGCUGAAGCCGGCAGAAUCACUAUACCAACUGUCGACAAUGCAGCACUUGAAAUUCAGCGAGACUUAGAAGGCUUUGAGCGACAAAUGAAAGAAGAAUCGAGGGAAGAAAAGUCACCAGGAACACAACUGGAAUCAAAGCAGCUGGAGCCAUUGGUCUCUCAUGAAGCACCGAGAGCUUCACCCUCCCCGCUGGAUGCGGGAAGCGAAGAAUUACCAAUGGGUGUGGUCGAGGUAUCAAUCGAAGAACCGCCAGAAGUUAAGAUAAGCGUCGAGACGCAACCCGCAGUUCAAGAGACAAAGCCGAAGAAAGAGAAGAAGAGCCGAAAAAUGAAUCUCGGAAAGCUGACGAAGAAAGUCAAAGCCAUGUCUUCCAGGGCAUCCGUAAAAGCUCUUUCAUCGAAGGCAUCCAAGGUAUUGAAGAGCGUACCAACUCCAGUUUUGCCAUCCAAGAAAGAUAGACAAGAAUUCAGCCCUUCUGCGGAGGAGUCAGAAAAAACUGCGGAGCCAGAAAAACCAACGAAACCAAAAGCACUAUGGAGAGCUGUAGAAGAUCCAAAUUCCGGAAAGUUUUACUACUAUCAUCGAAAUACGCGAGAAACGACUUGGAGCAAACCGCAAGAAUAUAUGGCGUAUGAAGGAGCCAUGGCGAAAUACGAGCGUGAUCGUAUUUCUUACGAAAAGUACCAUCACAAGCCAAUUGAAGAGCUUGUAAUUGAUACGAGUAUCAACGCUGAAGGCUCACCAUCGGGGCAGGAUGACCUCUCGAACGGAACUGAGGACCAAAUGGAUGACGAUGAAGUGGACAGGCUUGGGUUAAAGAAUGUUGAAUAUCUCGAAGAGGAACCAUUUGAUGAAGGACCUUCCGAACCAAAACCCUUUGACGAAGCGUAUGACGAUCCACGGCCAUUAGCUCCAUUAGGCUCGCAAGGCAGGGUGGCUUCUCAAUUUAGUACAAUGACGGAAAAGACUGAACGAAUCAACAACGUUACAAAUGGGAGUCAAAUUUCACACAAGAGCCAAGGAUUUUCUGGGCUCGAAAUCUUGGAUGAAGACAAACGCGAGCAUCAGAGUGAGCAAAGCUUCAGUGGUGCAAUGAGGGGACCAAGAGCUCCGCGCCCUGUUCCCCGUGUGUCAAGCAGUCACCGAACGAGAGAGCUCCGAGUGGAAGAUCUUGGUGGCUCUCGUAUUGCUGCGGAGACAUUUGAUAGGCGUGGCAGAGUUGUGAAGGGCCGCGAGCUAUCUUCUAACGAGGAGGUUUCCUCUUUGUCGGAGCGGAGACCAGCUAACGGCACGUUUGACCAAGACGAUACGAUUUCUGGUCUGAGUGACGUGGAUAUGGACUACAACAUGCGAAGAGACAACUUCAAUAAUGCAAGACAUCGCGCUCUCGAUGAUGCCAUAGAGAGAAAAGACGGAGAUCUUUUCAAGGCUCUGAUGGCUGGUAUGAAAGCCUCUGGUGAUGGCAUACAGAAGACAUAUCCUGGUUGGAAUCAGAGUGAAGUCGACAGAAUGAUUGCCAGGGAUGAUUGGGAUACUGUCCGGUCUUAUGUCUCAGCCAUAAGAGGCGUCAACUCAAUGCCACAUCUACCAACUAAUGUGGCACCAGCACGAUUUGGCAAAAACACUACCGACGAAGUAGCGUCUUUGGAUACUGACUACUCGGUCUAA